GACGGUUUCAAUCCAUUGUCUGGACGCACAAUACGGCUGAGAGUGUGUUGGUCACACAGCUGCUUAAAGGCAUUCGUGAGACGAAGGUGGAUGUUGACUUCGUUGCACUGGGGUGCCUCAAAGAACGCAGUCUUCCUGUUCCUGAUAAGCACAAGCAAGCCGCAGCGUUCAUGCAGCCGCUGAUUGAUCUGCUGCUGAAAGAAAUCAAGUCUCAUGUUCCUUUGGUUGCAGCUUCGUCUAGUGCCGAUGCAGAAGAGUUGAUUCGAGCCAAAGCCAAGCUUGCACAAGCUGGUAUCGCCUUGACUCCUCGCAAGACAGUAGCCGAGCCAGGUGCCGCAUCGCAGGAGAGUGGAAGUCCUGACACGCCUGAGAACACGACAGACUUGCCCAUUGAUAGUAAGCGUGGCAAGAAGCGCAAGGCAGAUGCAGAAGAUCCGUCCAGCCAGGUCAAGAAGCUUUUGGGCGGGGCAAUCACUUCUUUGAAAGAAAAUCGUCCGAAGAGCAAAUCCACGGAGCAUGUUGAAGCUUGGAUGCAGUCGAUCAAGCAGCAGUGCAAAGGCAAGUUUCGUGAGCUCAACAAGCAUGUCAAUUUUGUUGUCAAGUUACGAACUGAGAAUGCAGACAAGAGUGAGAUGGUGGAAGCAGCCACCAGAUUCGGACUUGAUCGCAAUUCUGCUACCAGAUUGAGCAUCACAAACCUCAGCAAGUGCAUUGCCGUUGCUGAGUACCAAGCCGCUUGA